AUGCUUAUCGUUGGCAUCCGCAUUCUUGAAGGAGACUGGAAACAAUUGGCUGAAGGUGAUGACACGCCAAUAGAUGUAUACAACCUUGGGGUUGAGUUUCUGGUCAUGUGCGCCACAAAUUUCCCCCAAUUCUUCUUCUCGAUUCUUUACCUCAAUCUGAUAUACAAUCUCACGCUCAUCAAUAUGGAGUACGAAUGGGGAAGAAUGGAAACAAAAAGCAGUCGCUUACGCUGUUCACUCGUCGUUGGUAAACAGUUCGACCAAUCAUACUACCUCAGCCUGCCGAAGAAGGUUCUCAUUCCCACGAUGAGUUUCAGUGCUUUGGUACACUGGAUCGUCUCUCUGGCGUUUCAAGUUACAGAAGAGCGUUACUACACCUCGACUGGCUACGAAACGCAGAAUACGAUUGCCAUCAACGCGGCUGCAUGCGUUGGCUGCACUGGCCUUUUACUUCUCUUCGCUAUACUGUGCUGGGUAGCUUUGAGUUAUAGGCGCAAUGGUUUCAUACCUUCAAUGUUUGGCUCAGUCAGGGUACUCUGCGCUGCAGCCGGUGAGCUGCAUGACAUUCCGGAAGAUGGCCACGUCAAGCGGGGUGAUUUGGGAGAGGGCCCAUUGUACCGCCGUGCGGGGCUUUCGGGUGGUCUGGUGGGGGAGAUUGUGCCGGAGGAGCUGUACGCAGGGUACCUGAAGAUGCCAGACCAGGGCGGUCGCCCCACACUCCAAAAGUCUCCAACCUCACCUGCUCCCGACAAUGGCCCUGUAGAUGGCAACAUGGUUAUUGCCCGCCCUUCCAGUGGUUCCGUCAAAGGCCUGCUGGAUUUGCCGGCCGAGCUCUGCCUACGCGUCUUCGAUUUCCUCCCGAAUCAGGCCCCGGCGGACCUGGCCGCCCUUGCACGAACUUGCAAAACGACCUGGUGGCCAGCAGCGAGAGUUCUGUACAGGAAUAUCAUACUUAGUCCCGAAUUGGACAGAGACAAACACAACUGCAAGAAGCUCCUGAGCUUCUUACGGCUGAUCCACACCCUCUUAAUUAGUGAUAAGCAGUACUUGACCAUGGUGGAGCAGAUGCGCAUUGAGAUCGCGGAACCGACUUUCCUCAGCGAUUUGAUCAAUUACACCUCGACAAAUGCCAAAUACUUUUCUGACCUUGAGCACCUCAGUACGAGCAUCAGCAUGGAGAUCGACCAGACGAUGGGAAGGAUUUGGAGUAAUGUGUUGGAUUGGAGGGAUGCAGUAGACCUGAUUCUCCAGAGGUCCCCGAAGCUACGCCAUAUCGAUAUUGUUGGAGAUGUAAAACAGACUGAAUGGGAACUCCAGCUCCAUCUCUACCGGAAACUAGAGAUCAUCUACCUGCAUGGCACUAAGGUACUCACUCUGCAAGGGCUAGCUGACUUGGCCCUUAUCCCAAACUUGAAGAGCUUGCAGCUAUUUUCAGUGCGAGUGCACUUGAAGAUCCUGGGCUUUCCGGUCAUAGCAACAUAUACUCCCGACCUUCUCACGAUGGUACCAAAACUACGGUCUCUGGAACUCCAAUGGAUUUACGACCCUCGAGAUCAGACAUUUGAUUCUCCCACGCCGCUCUCAUCCAUUCUCAAUGGUGCACACAGCUCACCUACAAGUCCAAGGCCCCGGCUAGACAAGACCCUUGAAAGGUUGCGCGUAUAUCCGAUCUGGCCAUGUAUGGACAAUCGGAGGUACUAUGUACAGUAUGCCAAGAAGUGGGACAAGAAUUUCUUCGGUUCUCUCAAAUUCCUGCGAAGCUUAAAGCUGCUGGAGAUUCCAUUCAUAGUACCUGUCCACAGGAUCAUUCAUUCACUGCCAGAAUCUCUCGAGGAGCUCCAUCUGACGGACGAGAACUUAUUUCGCUUGGAUCUCGGCGAAGAUCUCGAACGUAUUUCUGCAGUCUUGUCUCAGCUGGGUCCGACGGCUGGUCUGCACAACAUGAAGGCAGUAUUCCUCAAGUUCCGCCGCCUCGACCCCAGCAACCUCUGCCAACACAUCAUGGACCGGAUGAAGGGCAUCUGCCAGGAAGCUGACAUCAAACUCAAUAUCGUACUCAACUACGUCCCCGAAACGGAAUGGGGCUUGAAGGAGAACUGA